AUGGCGCCUCCGCAGAUGUCUGAAGAAUGGAACACAUUCGCCGCAACGAACCCUAAAUACAUCAACCACAAUGAAGACUUGGCAUCUAUCCGAAAAAGCAUUAAUCAGCAGAGCUUGGAUAACAUUGCUCUGUUGAAGGAGCCAGCAAUGGCUGCCCUUGCCAGCGUCAAGACCGAAGACGCUGUAAUUACUCUUCCACAUGCGCCGAACCACAAGUUUGCGAUCCGAGUAUAUUCGCCUGGAAACAAGAGUUCAGCGCCACUUCCCAUCAUGCUUUACUUCCAUAAUGGAUAUUGGGCCACUGGCAACGUGGAUGGCGACGAUUUGGGUUGUCGGGCCAUGAUUGGACACGGAAACGAUCUCAUCAUUAUCUCUUUCGAAUAUCGUCUUGCUCCAGAGAACUCAUGGGACACCAUUCUGUCGGAUGCGGAAAACGCACUUGUAUGGAUUAACCAGAAUGCGUCUACCUAUGGAGGCGACAUCCACAAGGGGCUGUAUAUCGGCGGUGCUACUGCAGGCGCUCACUUGGCUGCUGCAGUGGCUGUCCGCGCGCGUGACCGACAUGCUUCCAUAAAGCUUUCCGGCCAGUGCUUAAUCGUCCCAACGGUUCUUGUAUACUCUGGCUCCAAGUCAGUACCAUCUGGGUGGGCCGAAAAGGUUGUAUCCCACCAGGAGAACGCUGAUGCACCUGUCUUUGGUGAAAAUGAAUGGCAAAAGUACCUAUCCCUACUGAAUGUGCCCGAAAGCGAAAGGGAAAAGGGAGAUAAUUUUCCUGUCUGGGCAGAUUUGAAGGGGCUUCCUAGGACAUAUCUUGCUAUGGACGGCCCAGACCCAAUUAGAGACGAAGGCUACUUAUACGAGGCAAUGCUCCGUAAGGCUGGCGUGCAGACUCGAACCGACCACUAUGAACUACCCAAUUGGUUUGUUCAAUUUCCACAACUGCCAACAACCGCCCGAGCCGGAAUGGAGCUCGCAACAGGCGUACGGUGGUUACUGGAAGCUGGCAAGUACACCUUGUAA